ACCUCCCGUCGUCACUCCACCGCCGUCCCCUUGAGCGCUCGCCCCAACCUGGGGACGCUCGCCCCAGCCGAUCCGAUCCGUCUCAACUCCAUUAAAAAAAUCUCUCCUUUCCCCCUCCCUAUCCAGGAAAAGGAGAAGGUACCACCUCGGUCGAUCUUCCCUCCAUUUACUCCUCCGGGCGAGGUCCCGAUUCGAUCGAAGGCGGCGGAGAGAGAUGAGGAAGCGUGAGCGAGAGAACCCGUGCGGGAUCUGCGGGCACUACCACAAGUACGAGGAGGGGGAGGUGUGCGGCGUCUGCGGUCACCGCCCACCUGCAGCGUCACCAGUAGGGGCCAGGCAGCAAGACUCGGCGUUCCCGUCCGAGAUCCUCAAGGAGUUCCUCUUCCUCGGCAGCUACGACAACGCCUCCCGCUCGGAGCUCCUCAAGACCAUCGGCGUCUCGCACAUCCUCAAUACUGUACCUUUGUGCCAAAACCUUUACCGGAAUUCAUUCACUUAUCACUGCCUUCAAGAGGACAAGACUCUGCAGUUUGAUGAUGCAAACCAGUUUCUAGAGCAAUGUGAGAGGGAGAAAGCACGAGUCCUAGUCCAUUGCAUGUCUGGGAAAAGUAGAUCGGCAGCUUUUGUAAUAGCCUUCUUGAUGAAGUCGAGAGGUUGGAGAUUGGCACAAUCUUUUCAGUGGGUGAAAGAGCGGAGACCACAAGUGCAACUGUCUGAUGCAGCACAGCAGCAGCUGAUUGAGUAUGAAAAGAAGCUUUUUGGUUCUAAUGAUGGCAGCAUACCAGCUCAACCUUUUGCUCCAGUGGAUUCGCUCCCUUCUCUUGGAUUUGGUUUUCCAAAACCACCAGGCGACAUCCAAGCGCCUACCUUUAAUCAGCAGGCUCCAGCAUCUAUCUUUGAGCGCGUUACCCCGAACAGCUUCCCUAGUAAUUUCAUAUUCGGAGCCGAAAGAACUAGUGAUAGUGAUGCGAAACUUCCAGAUAGCAACAAUUUCGGCGUGGUAAACUCGUCUGGGAGUGAUAGCAUGAUGGACAGCUCCUAGGAUGGUUUUGCCUUCACCAAGGCUAUCUCCAGCAGCUUAAUCCUCAAUUCCUCAUCUCUCGUUUCAAAUUUCACUUCCACUCUUGUACAACUAUAGCCUGAUAUACAAAAGAAAUGACUCAGUCGCAAAUUUAGUCAGGUUUCUCGGGAUGUUUUUUUAUUUCUGAGAAGGAAACGCAUUUUUGUAAUAGUAUGUUGUAAUAUUUGCCAGUAUUACUAAAUUGCUGCUGUGCAUUU